AUGUCAAUCUCCAAACCAGAGUCAGACGUGAUUCUCAAUCGUGCCAACGUCGCCCUCGCACGCAGCCAACGUCUCGUUGCAUCAUGGCUCCCCGCACAAACAGAUGAGGAGCUCACCCACGUCAAGUCCGAGGAGGAACUACAAAAAGAAGAGGAUGAGAUCUUUACUGCAGUGCCUGAGACGCUAGGAGUCGGAGCCCCUCUCCCCGAAAAAGCUGCCGAUGGAAGCUGGAACCGCACCGAGCUCGGCUCCAACGAUAAGCUGCGCAAGCAAUUGCUGGGCAAGAAUUAUGACAAGAUUAUGAAGGCGGCUGCGGCGAAUCAACCGCUACCUUCAAGGACUAGUCCUAUGGUUGCGAGGAAUAAUACGACAUCUUCUGCGGGACAGGUCCAAGGUACCGGGAAUACAGAAGAGGAAAAUGACGAGGACGAAGAGGAAGGGCGUACAGCACUGGUGGGCAAGAAGAAAACCAAUAAAAGGAGAGGAAAGGACGAUACGAGCCAAGACUUGGCACAGGAUCCCGCUGCGGGGGAUGCUGAGAAUAAGGCAACGCCUGCUGCUGCGGUCCCGCCGCCUUCUUCUCGUGCUGCAUCCUCCAAGGGCAAAAAGAAGGCUACGAGUUAUUUGGAUGAGAUCUUGGCUGAGAGGGCCAAGAAGAGGAAGAAGAGGUGA